AUGCCUCUACCCCAGGCUCUGCGAGGCAGCCUGUCUGAACAAUUCGCUGCCGUUCGGCCAUUGGCCGACUCGCUAUAUGACUCCAUCGGCCGGGAGCCCACCCUGAUCAACCAAGCGCGGGACGAGCUUGAUCUGCUUCGUGUGGUGCUGGAUGUGACGGAAACCUCUUCGGCGCUGCUAUGUGUGGACAAUCCUCCAGCACUGGGCAGAACUCUUGAGAGCUGUCGAUUGGCCUUGGUGGAGCUGGAAAAGGUUCACCACCGGGAUGAAGUGCGCUCCCUGAGUCCACUGUCCGAUAUUCGGGCGCGAUUUUCAUCCUUGAUCUUUGAACUCAGCGUUAUGAAUGCUGAUAUGAUGAUAUCCUCGCAAAAGAAUGUCAACCGCCUGCUGCGGGGCUAUAUCGAAGAUGUUCGAGCGGGCAAGCGAGAGUCUGCCAUCGUCUCAAAUGUGCUCGAUGAUGCUUUCCCAAAAAAUAAGAAAGAUGAAGCAUGGAAACGGCUACAACAAGAGCUGCAUGAUGUUGGCAUUGUGCCUGAAUGGUCAGAUCAGGACCAUGGCUAUAUCAUUUCAACGCUCCGAACUGCUGUAGGCGAGCAACUCCUGCAGCGCAGUGUCACAAAGCCAGUUCCACCGAAGAUACCACCACAGCCAACGAAACCGCAGUUUUCCCCAAGCAAUUCGCAACCAUACGCAAUACUUAUAGCGGAGCCAUUCACGCUACCACAUCAACCUCCAGAACAUCAAGAAAGAGGUCUGUCUGACAAAGAGGUACUACCCAUGGAGGACUUCCCAAUCCCAGUGGCAAUGGAGCUACAAGAUGUGGCCGAUACAGAAAAACACGUGUUACUCAGAGACAACGUUCCUGUUCCGAUCGCGCGGGAGCCGUUCUGUCCAGAAAACGGUGCCUCCGAUAGACAAGUCCUGGCGCAAGAAAUAUUUCCUAUUCCCGUGGACUCGGAGCCCAGCAUUGAGAACAGCUUGGUAAACAGAUCAGAAAAUAGCUCUUCUGUGAGUGGCUCAUACCUGCCAAAAUCCAUGAUCCGCAGCAAAAAGCCUAGUCUCGUGAGGCGGAUGAAAUUCCGGUUAACUAGCAGCAAAGAGGAAUUUGUCUCUCUGAUCCAGAUAGGCGGUCUAUACCCGGUCAAACUGGCUCUGGAUAAAGGCGCAGAUGCGAAUACGACCAAUGACGAGGGACAAAGCGCGCUUAUGGUGGCUGUUUCCUUCGGCCACCACGAUAUUUCUCAGCUACUCCUCGAGUAUGGCGCGAGCAUUGACAAAGUGUCACACAAGGGCGACUCAGCGCUGGGCACAGCCGCACUGAUCGGCCGCGAAGAUAUCGCGCGGAUGCUGCUCGUGUACGGUGCAGACCCCAAUGCUGGCAAGAAUCGCGGCAAAACAGCACUCUCGCAAGCUGCUGCGGCGGGAUAUGAGCACAUUACUCGGCUACUGCUGGACCGUGGUGCUGAUCCAGAUGGGCUAUGCACUAGUGGCGACACCGCGCUCGCGCGAGCGGCCUUCUACGGCCACAUCGAUACCGCGCGGUUGCUCUUGCGCAACGGGGCGCUGGUGGACAAAACGGCCUACCCUAGGCAGACGCCGCUUUGGAGGGCUGUCCAUCAAGGCCAGACUGAAAUGGUACGUCUGCUGAUGACUUUUCGCGCAGAUCCGACCACCAAGGACGUACAUGGCCAGUCACCACUGUCGCUGGCGGCUUCGCUUGGCCGCAGUGAGAUCCUUCGCAUUUUCCGGCAGUAUGGAUACCAAACGUCGCCACUCCAGUACUACUGA